CGCCAAUAAAUUCCAACCACGCUCGUCUCCCAUCCCUACCCCCAUUGACAAACUUUCUCUGUAACUUCACUGUGCAUCCCACCGAGAGCUCUCUCUCCAUCACCGACGAUCGCUAGGGUUUCGGAUUUGUCGACGCAGAGCAGCAUGAGUUCCAAGGAAGGCGGCGGAAAGGGAGGCAGAGGCAAGCCGAAGGCCUCGAAGUCGGUUUCGAGGUCGCAGAAGGCCGGCCUCCAGUUCCCUGUGGGAAGGAUCGCCAGGUUCCUCAAGACCGGAAAGUACGCCGAGCGCGUCGGCGCCGGAGCUCCCGUCUACCUCUCUGCUGUCCUCGAGUACCUCGCUGCUGAGGUGUUGGAGCUUGCUGGGAAUGCGGCGAGGGACAACAAGAAGAACAGAGUUGUGCCGAGGCACAUACAGCUGGCGGUGAGGAACGACGAGGAGCUGAGCAAGCUGCUGGGGUCGGUGACGAUCGCGAACGGAGGUGUCUUGCCGAACGUUCACCAGACCCUGUUGCCUAAGAAGACGGGCAAGGGCAAGGGUGAGAUCGGGUCCGCUUCGCAGGAGUUUUAGGCGGCCGAUCUCUCUAGUCUUGUUCGGCUCUGUUUUACGACUUGUAAUAUAUAUCAUCCAUUUUGAUUAGGUCUUUUGAUCUUUGGGUUGGUGAAUGAAUCCUAUUGAAAAUUGGUGUUUGUUUGAUUAUCGAUACAAUGCCAUAUAUUGUCCAAUGAUCUCGAUUGAGUAUUUGCUUUUGGUUCUCUA